ACAAUGGGUUCAAGGCAAGUUCCCUCUCAGUAAUUGAAGGAGUAUUGCAUGAGAAGUUACCUGGACAUGGGAUAAAGGCUAAACCACACAUCGAAUCUAGGAUCAAGACAUUAAAGAAGGAUGUUUGCAUCGUGUAUGAUAUGAUCUAUGAGAGAGUACUAGUGGCUUUGGAUGGGAUCCAAACACAAAUAUGGUGGUCGCUGAAACACAUAUUUGGGAUGGCUAUGUUAAGAGCCAUAAAGAUGCAGCUAACUGGAGGAAUAGGAGUUUCCCACACUUUGACAUGCUUUUAACAGUCUUCGGGAAAGACCGUGCCACAGGUAAGAGUGCUGUUACUGCUGAGGAUGUAUUAGAGGAGGAGAGUAGGAAUGAAGAGAGUUGUGAUAGAGAAAAUUUAGGCAUUGGUAUUGAAGAAAUGGAGCACUUCUUGUCAUCCACAAACGGAGAAGAGAGUAAUUCUAACGGGAAAAAAAGAAAGAGGAAUGAUGAUAGCUUGGAUGCUUUCCAUGAAGCAGCAACGAUCAUUGGUUCAAAGAUUGAAGAAGCUACUAAUAAGUUCAGUCAAGCUCUUGGUGUCGAUCUUGCUAUAGCUAAGAUGAGGGACAAAGUAAAUGAUGAGCUUCGGAAGCUUUCAAAUCUAUCUAUGAUUCAACGCCAUAGAGCCUUACUUGCCAUAGCUCGUGAUCAUGCGACGACUGCGUGUUUCUUUACCUUGAAAGAUGAUGAGAAAGAAGAUUUUGUGAUGGCUUUGCUUAGGGGAGAUCUGUGAAGUUACUACUUGGUGUAUUUAUUUUAAUUUGCUUUGUUUCUUUUUCAAGAAGAUUUACUUUGGAUGUUAAAUUUGAAGUGUUGGGAAUUCUCAUAUUUUAGAUCUAUCAUU